GCACUGAGUUCGUGGUUGCUAAAGAGCCACCUAGAGGUCAGGGGCUCAGGCCUCAGUCACCCCUCCGGAUGCUGGUGCUGCCACCCAUCUGCCCCAAGCCCCAGGCGCUUCUCUUCGUGGGGGCCAUGGAGGCCCCGCCCCCUCGGACAGCCCGGUCCCCUGAGCCAGGCCCUUCCUCCUCCACUGCGUCUCCCCAGACCUCCUCCCCUCUGCGGGCCAACCACUACCUGCUCAUUGACACCCAGGGCGUGCCCUACACCGUGCUGGUGGAGGAGGAGACCCCCCGGGGGCCCGGGGCCGAGGGCGCGGCGCCCCAGAAGAAGUGCUACAGCUGCCCCGUCUGCUCGCGUGUCUUCGAGUACAUGUCGUACCUGCAGCGACACAGCAUCACCCACUCGGAGGUGAAGCCCUUCGAGUGCGACACCUGCGGGAAGGCCUUCAAGCGGGCCAGCCACCUGACUCGCCAUCACUCCAUCCACCAGGAGGGUGGCGGCCGGCCCUACAGCUGCCCAGUCUGUCCCCGCCGCUUCCGGGAAGCCGGCGAGCUGGCUCAGCACAGCCGGGUGCACUCCGGGGAGCGCCCAUUCCAGUGUCCCCACUGCCCGCGCCGCUUUAUGGAGCAGAACACGCUGCAGAAGCACACGCGGUGGAAGCACCCGUGAGCUGGGCACCAGCGGUGGCAGCAGUCUCCUUCUGGUGAGGGCCCCGGGACGUCUAUGGCCCUCAGACACCCAGAUACCCGGAUGCAAACGCAGCCCCCCACCUCUGGCCUGCAGGCCACACACCCCGUGGGAGGGA